GGUGAAGGUGAGGGGAAGAGAGUGGUGAAGGUGAGGGGAAGAGAGGGGUGACGGUGAGGAACAGGUGGAGUGCGCAGCAGGGGUGUGGAGGCGGUGGUGAGCAGGUCUACAGCGCAGGCACUUGCGUGCGCCUGUGUACCGUGCGUGUGUGUUUGUGUGUGUGUAUGUGAGUGCGUGUGUGCGUGUGGUGCGUCAGUGUAGCUUGCUAGUGCAGGGCAGCAGCACACGACCUGCGCCUCCCUGUGUGAGACCGCGAGUGAUCUCCCCCUGCGCCGCCUCGCUCGUCCGCGCCAUGCCGCCCGCAUGAUGGCGGUGCGGGCACUGCGUUAUGGCCGAGCGCCGCUCCUGCCUGCCACCCUCAACACCGCGGCAGAGUGCGGCUCCUGCCGCAGCCGCUGCUGAGCGACUCCCCGCACGCGGCCUUCAGUCGCAAGCGGCACUCUCGAAGUCACCACUCGCCAGCGACGUCUCCAGAAGCGGCAGCUCGCGUCAGUGCCAGGGUCAGUCGUCAGUGGAUCCAACGGUGGCACUGGUGAGAGUGGUGGCACCGUCUGUAGUGUGGCCCCUCCCGUGUAGUGUGACCUCCCUGUUCAAGUGUGAACCACUCCUGGGCAACACUUGCUACUGCUGGUGGCCCUCGUCUCCUGGCGGGUGGCCCUCUAGCUCUGGUGACCCCGGGCCACCCACUCACACCUCGGUGGUGCCGGCCACGGUAGUCUUAGUGCUGACUUCGACGGUUCAAGUACUUACUUCGAGGGCGCAGCAGGUGUCGCCUUGGACAGUACAGGUGUUGGGUGGGCGUGGACCGCAGGUGAGGUUGGUCAGCAGCCUCGCCAGACAGCUGUUCUCCCACCUGUUGGGUCCCCUGGUCACCCCAGUCGACCUUUUCCUCGACAGCGCCGCUAUCGACGCUCGCUCCAGCAGACCUCCACUGGUACUACUUUUGCUGCUGGUGCUGCUGCUGGUGGUGACGCAGAAGGGAAGAGGUGACUGUUUGUCCAUCAGACUGGCCACACCGCCACCCACACCCAUCACUAUGAGGCGCACAUCACUCCCCGCCAUCUCUGUACAGCGUCCUGCCUCCUCACAGUCGUGUGGCGCUGCUGGACCUACCAGCGUGGACGGUGCGUUGCUCUCCGAGGCCCAUGGCUUGGUAGCAGACAUGCUGCAAGACCCACACCUGCCCCCGGCCGUGGUGUCUGGUCUCCAGGCACUGCACCUGCUCCUGGCACCCGCCCACACUGCCCCCUCUCCCAGGGGACACAGACCCACCCCCUACUUCCACCUUUCCCAGGACGCUUACGCCUCCGGGUCAGACACAGAAGAGAACCCCUACACGGGAGAGAAACCUUCAGUGCAUAGGCGGAGUGGUCGUCGGAGCGUGGCACCCAGCCUGCUGCGUCGCAUGAGUACCUCUACCUGGACCACCACCACCAGUGCCACGGGCAUGCCCACACUGGAGCCCAUACCCUGCAGGAAGCGUGCCUCCUCCUUCAGGGCAGUCGUAGAACAGAGAGAAGAUGAAGACGCAGCCACCCUCCUCUCCCGUGUGGCUAAGUCAGCCCUACUGACGGAGGCUGCCAAGGCAAUGCAGAAACAACAGCAGCAGCAGCAGCAGCAACAACAACAGCAUCAACAGCAACAACAACAGCAGCAGCAGCAGCAGCAGAAACAGCAUAAGCAACAGCAGAAUGAUGAAGAUGAUGGGGAAGACGAGGAACCUGCAACAUACGUGACGCCGUGUGGAAGCCCAACACACGCCUGCUGCCUCGAAACCCGGUUGGACGCCAACUGUCAAAGCUCCAAGAACCGCUCGUACUCCACCACUGCGCUCUACCAGGACGGGGCUAAGCGGCCCAAUGUUCGCGAGCGUCAGACGGUGUGUUCCCUGCACCCUCUGGGAGACUACGAUGUUAAUCACUUGGACCGUGUGGCUCGGGGGCUCCACGAUGCCCACAAGUCCGGGGCAUACUCGGACCGUCUCACGCGGCUCCAGAAACUUCCCAACCAACACGUCUGCGAGGGCCUCUGCGAUGAUUGCAGCCGCACGCAGAACGACACCACGGAUGGACUCUGCCAUCAACAGCAGGACCAUAUGGACUCUGAACUCUGUGAGUGCAAAUGUAGUGAGAAUGCUCGCGUUCACGCCAGUGAGUGCAAGUGUAGUGAGAAUGCUCGCGUCCACGCCUUGACCACUAAACAGACAGAAACCAGAAGUGACGAUGCUCAUUCUCCGGCAACCAAUACCAGUGUAGCGCAACACAGACAUGGACUGAGGGUGGCCACCUCGGACUACGAAAGCUCUGACUCGCCCAGCUCAAUAGAGACGAGCGAGGAGGCUCUAGCAGUUGGCCGAGUGAGAUUAGCGGCCGCGGCCGAGGUGGCCGAUGCAGUGGUCGAGGAGCAAGAGGAAGAAGAAAAGAUAGAGAAGGAAGAAGAAAAAAUAAUCACGACGUCUCAGGUCCCAGCGAAAGAGGUUGACGAGGGGUCGAGAGGUCCACUAAUACUGGAACAGGAUGGGGCGAUCUACGACCUUGAACUGCUUCAGGAUCACCCGUUUCUCAACCGCAUCUCUGAGUGGGACUACCCAGUCUUCUCCCUCCUCGACACCGCUGGACAACUCAUCCUCAGUCAGUUGUGUUAUCGGGUGUUCUCCGAGGUGGGACUCUUCGACACCUUCAGGAUCCCCACCAGACAGUUCCUCAACUACUUCCACGCCCUCGAGUUGGGCUACAGAGAGAUACCUUACCACAACGCCACCCACGCCUCUGAUGUGCUCCACGCUGUGUACUACCUCACCUCCCAGCCCAUACCAGGCUUCAUUAUGCUGCCGCCGGAGACCGACUCUCCCUCCACCAGGCACGACGAGGCUCUGGGCUCUCCGCGGCUGGUCCACCGGCAGAGCUUCACCGCUGAAGACACCUACGGUAUCCUUGGGGCCAACCUGCCAGCGCUGGAGCUGAUGGCCUUGUACACGGCAGCUGCCAUGCACGACUACGACCACCCCGGCAGAACCAAUGCAUUCCUCGUCACGACCAACGCCCCGCAGGCGGUGCUGUACAAUGACAGGAGUGUGUUGGAGAACCAUCAUGCAGCUGCCGCCUGGUCGCUCUUCUUAUCCAAGCCUGAAUAUAACUUCCUUGUGCAGCUCGACAGGGCAGAGUUUAAGAGGUUCCGCUUCUUGGUCAUUGAAGCCAUUCUCGCCACCGAUCUCAAGAGGCACUUCGAGAUCCUUGCCGAGUUUAAUGCCAAGGCCAACGAGCCAGACGCUCCUGGGCUCGACUGGAAUUCUGAGACAGACAGGAUGUUGGCGCUGGAGAUGUGCAUUAAGCUAGCUGACAUCAACGGUCCCUGCAAGGCCCUCGAUAUACACACACAGUGGACCUCCAGAAUUGCUGAAGAGUUUUACGAGCAAGGAGACGAGGAGUCGGCGCUGGGCCUCCCAGUAUCACCUUACAUGGACCGUUCCAACCCGCAACUCUCCAAGCUGCAGGAGUCUUUCAUCAACCACUUGGUGGCGCCCCUCUGCAAUGCCUACGGCGAGGCUGGCCUCAUGCCCGGGGUGUGGCAGGAGCCAGGCGACGAGGACGAACCCGAGACUGAUCUCAAGCUCCAGAUGAGCAACGAGGACGAGGAGGAAGAGGACCCAGCUACUAGUGAGUCCGACACAGCCACGCAAACCAGCGGUCGAACGCGCAAGAUCUUUUGUCUCCAAACUCAACACCUUCAGGAGAACCACCAGUUCUGGGUCAACAAGAUCAAGGAGGAGCAAAGGCUGGCGGAGGAGACGGAGCUUGGAGACUCCGGGUCAGAUGAGGAGGCGAUGCCCGGGGCACCAGCGGAGGUGAUGAGCAUUGCAUACUCCAGCCAGCCCAUGGUGCUCCCACUCAAUGGAGACGAGCCUAUGGAACCCAUAGAGGAGGAGAGGACCCCCGCCUCCAUCUCUUCCUCCCGUAGCUUCAGUUUUGAAAAAGAGGAUUCAAAACUUUGAUGCCCGGCCUGUGUCAUAGUCUAAAUAGUUAGUUUCUUCCAAUAUUAUUGCAAUUAGACUAUUGAUACAGCAUAAUAUAAAGAUUAUAUAAAUUUUCGACUACAUUGAUGAGCUGCUGGUGUGAGGCGGACGUGGAAGCGAGGGGCGGGUCCGUCUGAGGGUCCGCAGAACACCUUCCUACACGUCUUCACAAGGACAAUAUUCCUCUGUGUAGUUUGAGGUCUGUACCUGACCUGGAGCUGCAGUCUGAACUUUGGAAUAGAGUCCUGCCCUUCGCUUGCCGAUGAAUUCUUGCUUGGAAUUGUGGUCCGGGCGUGGCCCGCAAGCAUGUUUGGUCCAUGCCUGAUACGUGACUUGGUACCCGAGGGCUGGAUCCAGCUCUUGAGCAGGGCAGGACCUAGAAUGGGUAUUAGCUGGAAGCUUGCUUGAAUUUCGGCUGCAGAAGCAGAGUGGGUGAGAGGCUAAACCCCCGAGUCGAGUAUCUUCAGUCUGAGUCGAGCGGAGGUUGUGGCCUCACGAAAAAGAGAUAGCAGCCACCCCCCCCCCAGGAA